AAGUUUCAUUUCAAUGUUGACAAAAGUGUGGUGCAAAUUGCGUUAAAGGAAAUCGUUGAUAUUUGCAACAAUUUGGCGUAUAGGAAAAUUUUUUCAUCACAACUACUUUUUUGUUGUUUCCUCGCUGGUGCGACAACUACGCCAGCUUCGCUGCUCUUGUCACCGUUAGCUUAUUAGAAGUUGGUUGGUUUUCUGUGUAAAAUUCUAAUUGCCAUACACAUCUGCGAAGUUUGUUACAAUAUUCAUAUGCAAAAUUAGUGAAUAGUUGUUUUGAACGUGUUAAUGAAUAACACAACAACAAAGUUGGUUUUUAUAAACGACAAGACGAAAAUCUAAGCAAAAAUAACAACAGAGAACAGGAGAAUUACAGCCAAAAAUAGAAGAAGUGAAAAAGAAAAAAAAGAAGGAAUUAGAUAAAAGCGAAAAAAGUGAUACAACAACAGAAAGUGAAAGGAGGCGCGUUGAGGCGAAGCGAUACAUUUGGGGUACACCAAAUAGUAGCAGCCAAAGCGACUACAACUGGCUGUUGUUUGCCUUCAACUACCCCCUACGUCCAUAAGUGAAGAACACAACUCUGUGACACUUGUCAGUUGCAUCGGAAUUUCGCACAGCGCUUUUUAAAAGCAGCGAUACGUCGAGUCAGCAGACGCUGCUAUAGCCGAGUGAGUCGUCGACGUCGUUGAUGUUGUUAUUGUUGCUGCGGAGAAAAUGACGUUUCAGCAGCAGCGGUCAAUAGGCGCACUACUAGCAACGUAUCGAGCAACAUAUUUGUAAACGAAAUUAUAAAUAGACGACGACGACAACAACAAGAACAAGACAAAGCGACAACAAAGCAGAGAAUUUGCAAAUAGAAAAAAAAACAACGCAAAACAAAAAGCCGUUUAAAAUUGUGCUCAUUGGUGAUUUUUUUGGAAGCAAAAAAAAAUUUUUUCUUUUUUUAAAUUACAUUACUGCACAGCGUUGCAAGCGCAAGUGGAAAAGAAGCAAUUGGCGCGCGUCAUUGCACGCAAAUUAGAAUUAAACGCGCAACGGCAAGCAACAGUAGUGGCAAGCAACAGCAAAAGAGCAUUCAAGAAUAGCAGCAGCAGCAGCGGCAGCAGGAGCAGCAGGCAUCAUUUAUCAUCCAUCAACCCUUUUGGUUUUUUGUGCGCAAACUGGCGUCGACAUAAGCAAAUGUGCCAGCCAAUAGUGUGUAUGUACAUUUAUAUGAUUGGUGUUGUUGUUGCUAACAUAAAACGCAUAUAAAAGCAAAAGCAAAGCAACACAGUAAUUUAAAAACUACAUUUUUUGAAAAAGAAAUUACGUGGUUACUAGCAGUAGAAGUUUAUAAAUUUCGAAUUCUUACGGCUAAGACAACACAAGAUGAAGCGACGCAAUGCCGAUUGCGGCAAAUUACGACGACCAAUGAAACGUAAUAAAAUUACAGAGAAUAUGUACAGCAGCGCAACUGUCCUGUACUUGAAAUUCCUUGUACUUUGGGCCAUUGUGAUAACCGCCGAUUUUAUGUUUAUGUUUCGUUUUGAAUUUUUAUGGCCUUUUUGGCUACUUUUACGAUCGGUGCAUGACUCAUUUAAAUAUAAAGGAUUGGCAUUUUCUGUGUUAUUCGUAUGCAUUGCAAUAACAUCCGAUUUAGUGUGUUUAUUUUUUAUACCAGUGCACUGGUUGCUAUUCGCAGCAAGCACUUACGUCUGGGUGCAGUAUGUUUGGCAUACAGACAAAGGCAUAUGCUUGCCUACAAUAAUACUUUGGAUGCUGUUUGUCUACUUAGAAGCAGGCAUCAGAUGGAAGGAUGCACGUCAUAUGCCACAUUUGGAACUGUGUCGGCCCUUCGCAGCGCAUUGUAUUGGCUAUCCAGUGGUCACGCUGGGCUUUAGCUUUAAAAGCUUAAUCGGCUAUCACAUACGACUGCGUAAGCAACGAGAAGUUGCAAAAGAGAAUGAAUUUUAUAUGCAACUAUUGCAACAAGCCCUGCCACCAGAUGAAACUACAGACGAUUCAGUGAUGACACAAUUGCCGGCUGCAUUAGCCGGCAGUAUUGCAGUGCCAGCGUUAACUGCUGGUCCAGCAAAUGGCGCUAGUAGCGUUUUUAAUCCGUUUGCGGCGCAAAAUGCACAAAAUACAACAACUUCCACACCACAUACAACGUCGGUAGUGACAGCGGCGAUUAAUGCAUUUAAUGCAACGCAUAGUUCCGCUGUUAGUAGUGCAACCACAUCGGUGGCUUGUAGUGCACUGGCCACGGCGAAUGGUUUGCUUGCAUCAGCGGCAGCUGCUGCAACAGCGGCCGCAACAGCAGCAGCAGCGGCGGCAGCGGCAGCGACGUGCAGUAGUAGUAGUAGCAGCAGUAUAUUCAGUAGUUUGCAAGCACAAAAUCAACUUCAUCAACAUCAUAAUCAUCAACAACAAAAUCAUAAUCAUCAUCAACAACAACAACAACAGCAGCAGCAACAGCAGCAGUCGCAGCAGCAACAAAACCAUCAAUUUAGUAAUCACAAUCAAACGACGACCGUAACGUCGUCGCCUGAUCACCAGCAUAGCAACAACAACAACAACAACCACAGUAAUACCAAUAAUAGUGUUAGCACAGGCGUUGGUGGCGGUGUUGGUUUUAGUGUUAAUACUAGUAGUACGUUGGGUAGUGGAAGCGGCAGUGGCAGCGGCAGUGGCGGCAAUUACAAUAUAAGCAGCAUAUUAGCAGCAAGUUUGGCAACAUGCACUGGUGGCGGUGCGUCGGCAAUGCUUGUUGAUGAUAAGAAUUAUUUACAAAUUAGCACAGGUGGCGGUAGUGGCAGCGGUGGUGGUGCUGUCAUAGCUGCGGCGGCAAUAACAACAACUGCAUCAACAGCCACAGCUACAGCAACAACAUCAACAACUUCAACUAACAGCAAUAGUUCGACUGCUAAUGCUGGCUUUGGUGGUGGUAGUGGUGGUAGUAGUGGUGCCACUUCCAAUGGACAUAUUGGUGGCAAAAGCCACCGUCGCAGCGUGGAUAAAGAGAAUAAGCAUAAUAAAAGCAGCGGCGGUGGCGCUAGCAGUGUAAUUGGUGUCAUGGAUGCAGAUUCCAAACAUAAUAAAAGUAACAACAGCAAUGCUAGUUAUCAAGCAGUUGACCACAACAGCAGCCAUAAUAACAGCAGCGUGUCCAACAGCAAAGAUCGCAGCGAUUAUGAGGCGACAAAUAGUAAUUGUCAUGCGCCAACGCAUUCAACGCCACAACAGCAGGCGAAAGAUAAAAGUGAUGAACAUCGCUCGUCGAAAAAAUCCAAUGCACACAAUACCAGCAGUACGACGUCACCGACGGCGAAUGGCAAUGUUUUGCAGUAUGAUGUCGAUGAUGUGGUUGUUGUAGAGCCUGUCGAACGCACUAAAGGUCGUCGUAAUCGUGCACGCAAAGAUAACUCUUCCAAGGACAAUCAUCAUAAUACUUCUUCACAUAAUAACAGCAGCAACAACAACAAUAGCAACAGCAGUAACAAUGCCAACAGCUCCAACUCACACUCGCACAAUCACCAGCAACAGAAUAAUAGCAGCAGCAACAACAACAACAACAACAAAGAUGUUAACGCUAACACACAAAACCAUCAUAGCGCCGCUGCUAACAACAACAACAGCAACAGCAACAAUAACAACUCUGAUACAUCCUCAGUAUCUUCAUCCACCUCAACCGGCAGUUCUGCAUCAUCAUCUUCAGCAUCAUCGGGCGCCUCUACAUCAGUCUCGUCCACCAUCUCGCAAAUAGCCUCGAAAGUGGUCUCAAAAAUCUGUGAAACUUGCCUCAAAUUGGAGGCGGACAUUAAAAGGCAUCGCCUUGAGUUGAGUCAGAUGAAACAAAUCGAGAAUGAUUUGCGUCAGAAGCUCGAAUCGAAUUUGACUACCAAAUCCUGUUUGCAGGCCAAACAGAAGGAGUGUGACGAGCUGGAGAAGCGCGUGCAAGAGCUAAUGAAUGGCCGGCAUGCGGAUAUGUUGCAACUACAGACGAUUGAGCGACGUUUGGCAGAGGAGCGUCGACAAAAGCAAUCGUUGGACGCACAAUUGAAUAAUGAGAAGAAAGCCCGCAAAAUUGCCGAAGAGAAGGCCGCUCGGCCGGAAUGUAGUGCGCAGUGUAAGCAACGUAAACAGCAAAUGGAUGAGGAAAUCAAACAGCUGCGGCGUGAUGUGAAAUCAACUGAAGAGGCGAAACAGUUGGUCGAACAGCAAUCGCAUGAAUUAAAGCAAGAGUUACACAGAUUCGAGACUGAGGUGCGUAACCGUGACUCGACGCAACCCGGCGCUGAGAUGCUGAUGAACGCAUUGGCCGCGAUGCAGGAUAAAAACUGUACGCUGGAGAAGAACCUUUCGGCCGAGACGAGAGUUAAGCUGGACUUAUUCUCAGCUCUGGGUGACGCAAAGCGACAACUGGAGAUAUCGGAAAAUCGUCGUCGCGCCAAGGAGGACGAAGUGCUUGAUUUGAAGGCGAAAAUCGCUCAACUACUUUGCGUCAUGCCGACAGAUCAACUGCUACCUGCCUGUGGUUCGGCUAGCGGAAGUUCGAUGUUACGCAUGAAUGAUACGCCACCAUUACAAACUGGACCCGGACCCGCCUCGCCUAUGCUCAGCAGUCUUAGUGCGGCAGCAGCGGCGCAACAAGUUGCAGCGGCGGCGGCUGUGGCAGCAGUAGCUGGACAUCCGUUGUCGGGACGCGUCGGUCCACCGAAUUCCGUCGCCGAUUAUGGUGUACAGCAAGCGCCGCCCGAUUAUGUGACGGCUCAACAUCAGCACCAGCAUCAGCAACAUCAACAUCAGUUGCAACAUUCUCAUUCACAUACGCACCAGCAUCAGCAGCAACAACAGCACCACCAUCAACAGCAUCAGCAACAGCUUCAUCAACAUCAACAGCAGCAACAGCAGCAGCAGCAACAACAACAACAUCAGCAACAGCAACUGCAUCAUCAACAGCAACAGCAGCAGCAGCAUCAUCAACAACAACUCCAGCAACAGCAUCAGCAACUGCAACAACACCAACAGCAGCAGCAGCAGCAGCAACAACAACAACAGCAAGUGCCGGUAUCAUUAGGUACGCCGGUAUUUAUAUCGGCGUCUUCGCCAGGGGGUGGUGUUAAUAGCGGCUCCAACCUCGAUCCGAAUGCAUCUGUGUAUACACCGAAAAAUGGACCGGGCGCACCGGGUAGCGGUGGAGUUGGUGUGUCUGUUGGCGGCGCUGGUGAUGCCUGACAACAUCCCGCAUCUAUGAGCGUCAGCCACCUGAUGCGACGUAACGUUUGAGAUUGAGAUUAUUAUUUAAGUUAUUGAUACAUCCUCAACAGAAACUGCAACUUAAGCAUAAACAACCGCAGCAACAAUAACAACUACAACUACAACUAAUAUUAUUAUUACAAGUAUUUGCAAAAUCUAUUUUAAAUCAAGCAGAGUGUUGUUGUAUGUCGGCGUAAGUAAGUUAAAUGCACCUUGGCAACCACAAGCAGCACUCCGAGCAGAUACAUACAUACAAACCAUCUGAUGAAAAAUAUGAAUAAAUUAAAUAUAAAAUAAAAUAAAUAAAAAGAAAUAUUAACAGAACAGCAAAGUAUAAAAGAUCUACAAGAAGAACAACACAACCAACGUAAACAUGGACAUGAAAAUGUAAAUGAACAUGAUAUUAUCUUAUUGAAAAAAAAAGAAAAAAAGAACAUAAAUUAAAAA